AAAAAACUGUCAAUAUGAAAUACAUUUGAUGAAAACUAAAAUCUACAUUCAUGUAUGGCGCUGAUAUUGAAUUCGGCAUGCAGAAUAUGAGAUCUUUUGGGAUGAAAUUUUAAAUUCAUGCUGAAAAUGGUGUUGCAUCAUAUUUUUUUUUGUUAUUUCGGUAAAUCUUAGAAAAUAGAAAACGCUGUAUAAUGGACUAUUAGAUCUCUGAAUUUAAUCAAAUAAUUUGGUGAAUUAUCUUCAGUGUGAUGCCGCGGCUCCGAGUUAGUAGAGAAUUCCAGAAAUAAAAAUAAUUGAUAACUAUUUUUACGCAGUGAUAACACCCCCUGCCCCUCCCUAUUCUCCAACUACACUUAUUAAAAGGUGUUUUCUAAACUUUUUGUUUAGGUGUUAUAUCCAUACAGAUAAUGAAAUCAUAUCUCAUGCAUUAUCGAAAAAUAUUAUCAUUUGCGGAAUAGUUUACAACUCACCAUAGGUAACACCGAAUGUUGAAAUAAAACAAAAACAUAUCUUCCAAAACUUCUACAAAACAAGACGUGGCGCCAUAUAUAUGUCUAAUGAAAACGAAGAAAAAAGGAUUCGACUAACUUACCUAGUAGGUGACCAACUGGCCCUGGGCUCCCCUAUUAUGCGAUUCAAUAUAUUCAAAACAAAAUAAUACUCCAACGGUCUCAGAGAGAUCAGAGGGUAUAUAAAUUAAGUAGGGUAAUUUCGGAAGAAAUGCAACAGAUUUACUUAAAUCUAUGCAAUGCAAAAGAAGACUAAUUAUUAUUUAACCGCUAGGGCAUCUACCCUACACAUAACAUAUAAUGCAAACAAGGUGCUAAUAAUUGGCAAUCGUUUUAUCAAUGCAAAGUCGCUAUGUUGCAUUCAGCAUUAUCCCGCCUUGAUAACCUGGACUCACACCGGAGAUUACAACGCUAGUGCGCUUCUGCAUAUAAAAAGUCUCCCUGCCAGAGCCAGCAAAUCAGUUCGCAUUAUUCUUUGGAGUAGAACUGUAACCUCCUAGAAUGAAGUUGAUCAUAGCAGCGCUCGCUGUCGGUCUGGCCGUCGUGGCCAGUGGAUCGAUGGUGACCGUUGGUGGUAGAGACAAAUAUGUUGCUGACAAGGAAUUCCUGAUGAAGCAAAAAUUCUUCUUCGAAGUACUGCGAAACAUUCACAUGCCACUACAGUAUGAGGAAUACUUGCCCUACACCAAAACAUGGGUUGAGGACAAAACCAAGUAUGAUGACUACGAAGUCAUUAAGGAAUUCUUCGAUAUGUUCAAGAAGGAUCUGUUCCUAGACAAGGGUGAUGUGUUCACCGUUUACAAUAAGUAUAUGCUGAAGCAGACCUACAUGCUGUUUUCGUUCCUGUAUAAUUCGAGAGACUGGGACACUUACUACAAGAAUGUUAUUUGGGCCCGCGAACAUUUCAACGAAGGCAUGUUUAUCUACGCGGUUACACUGACUGUCCUUCACCGCAUAGAUCUCCAAGGAAUUGUGCUUCCAGCUGUUUAUGAAAUCUAUCCGUACUACUUCUUCAACACUGAUUUGAUCAAGUCCGUCACGUACCGCAAGUUAUUCGAUCCUAAGUUUGGAUUCUAUGGCAAUGGAAAGUACAACGUCGUUUAUUCGAACUUCACCAUGACCUAUCCUUUGGAAGGUUACGACUGGAACAAAGAGGAAUACCGUCAUUUCUACGACUAUAAAGAUCUGGACUACUACCACGAAGAUGUUGGCCUAAACUCAUUCUACUACUACUUUAAGAUGGAUUAUCCAUUUUUCCUUAACUAUGACAAAUUCGACUUCAAGAAGGAACGCAGUGGAGAGUUGUAUCUUUACAUGCACCACCAGCUGUUGGCUAGAUACAAUCUUGAACGGUUCUCUUAUCACAAAUAUUCGAUUAUGGGCUUGAGCUGGCGAUUCCCUCUGAAGAUUGGCUACUUCUCACUGCUGAGCUACGCGAAUGGUAUUCCGUUCAAGGGCAGAGAUUACAAUUACGUGAUCAGAGAUGUCGACUACUAUAAAGUAGAUUGGAUCAAGGACUGGGAAAUGCGACUCCGUAAAAUGAUUGACGAUGGUUACUACCUGAAGGAUGAUGGAACUAAGAUCGACAUGCGCAAAUGGGACAACAUUGAUUUCCUUGGAAGAAUGAUGAACUGUAUGGAUGUGCAUAAAGACGACAAGAAGUGCAAAUUUGGAUUCAUUGAAAUAUUGUCCCGUACUGUUCUGAGUGGAAUGGAUUUCAUGACAAAGAAGACUUGGCCAUCAGUAUUGAUGCAUUUCGAGACUUCUCUACGCGAUCCAAUCUUCUACUCAAUGUGGGAUCGUCUGUUGGACUUCUACCGUCUUUUCAAGAGCUACCUACCUUAUUAUACCUUCGAAGAACUCAGCUUUAAGGGAGUCGUAAUCAAGGAUGUGGUUAUCGACAAACUGAUGACCUAUUUCGAAUACUUUGAUUCGGAUGUUUCCAAUGUUGUUCCACUGACCGAAGUCCAUAAAUACUUCGACUUUACCGUUAUGGGUCGCACCAAGCGUUUGAACCACAAACCAUUCAGCUACACCCUGGAUGUUAUGUCUGAAUAUACUGGCAAGGGUGUAAUACGCGUCUUCUUAGGACCAAAGUUCGACGUAUUUAUGGAUCUAGAUCGUUAUAAGGAUUAUUUCGUGGAAAUCGAUCACUAUGUUGUUAACCUUGCUACAGGUAAGAAUACCAUCGUUCGUAACUCUAAAGAUUUCUUCUGGAGCGUCAAAGAUCGCACCACAUACGUUGAACUGUACAAGAAAAUCAUGUCGGCCGUCGGUGGAAACGACGAAUUUAUACUGGACAUGUCUGAGGCGCACUGUGGAUUCCCUGAUCGUUUAAUCCUACCAAAAGGCUGGUUCGGUGGUAUGAAGAUGCAAUUCUACUUCAUUAUCACGCCGUACACUGGUACCGAAUCUAUGCACGACACUGUUUUCGAUAAAACAUAUAUGUGUGGUGGACACAGAUACGUCGACAAAUUCCCAAUGGGCUUCCCCUUCGACCGCGAAAUCAAGCUCACCUACUGGUACACUAAGAAUAUGCUGUUCAAGGAUGUAUUUAUCUACCACAAGGACGAUGUGAACGUAACCUACUGACAAGCGAAAUUUCUGAUUAUAUGACUUUGUUGUGACUGGCUUUCCACCAUGUAUUAUACCCCUGGUAUAAAUAAAUGCUUUAGCAAUCUAGAACCGAAAACGGUAACGAACUAAA